UAGUGGGUGUGGUGCCGGUGGUGCCAGGAGCCCACACGCACCAGAGGUUGUUAUUACGGUGUUAGGAAGCCAGCAGCAGGAGGAACAAAGAGCAAGAGUUGGGAGGAAAGCUUCCCCAAGCAGUGUGGAGAUGUUAUCCCACCUUCAGCAUCUCUCCCUCCCUGCUGCUGGCUGAUGCGAGCUGGGUAAGGCAACAUGGUAUGUGGUGGGUGGUGCUGCACCUGGGACGGGGAACAACACCAGUUGCAGGAGAGAAAUGGCACGGACAAAUGCUCAGCUUCAUCCAAACCUGGACACAGUUCUCCAAAGUCAUGGGAUCAAGACAUUCCUGCACCAGAACUUCCGUACCCAGCUGCAGCUUUUCUGGUGGGCAUAUGUGCUUGCAUCUGUUUUGUCAACUCUCUGUCCGGAGAAUUUGUAUUUGACGAUUCUGAAGCAAUUGUCAAUAACAAUGAUAUACGAGGUGACACUCCCCUUGGCAAUGUUUUUCACAAUGAUUUCUGGGGAACCCGUCUCACUCAUCCUUCAAGUCACAAAUCCUACAGGCCAUUGACAGUGCUUUCAUUCAGAUUAAACUAUUCAUGGGGAGCACUGGAUCCAUUCAGUUACCAUGCAGUUAAUAUUGUACUUCAUUGUCUUGUGAGCAUUAUGAGUCUUCGGGUCUUCUAUGUAGUAUUUGGAAGUGGGGCACCCCGAGCUGCUCUUCUCUCUGCAAUUCUGUUUGCUACGCAUCCAGUACAUACUGAAGCUGUUUCAGGGAUUGUAGGGAGAGCUGACCUGCUUUGUGCUCUCUUUGUAUUUGUGGCUCUGUUGAGCUAUGUUAGAGCUGUUAAGGGAAUGUCUGAAGACAUUUCCAGCAAGGCACAGAACUGUUAUCGCAAUGUUAAGUGUGGGCACAGUGUAUUGUACCUGCUUAUCACUGCUGCAUCUUCUGCCACAGCCAUGUUAUGUAAGGAGGUUGGCAUCACUGCAUUGGGAGUCUGCAGUGCAUAUGAUGUGUUGUUAGCUCAUGAAGGCUUGAUAGGCCGCACCAUUAUAUCGCUAAUCAUUGCUCACAAUCAUCGGGCAUUGACUAUUUGGAGAAAUCUUCCAGAUGGUGUGGUUCGUGGUCUCGUCUGGCGUCACAUGAUAUUAGCAGUAACGGGUAUUGCGCUGCUGGUGGGUCGUUGGAUUGUUAUGGGUUCUACUGUGCCAAGGUUCAUGAAAGUGGACAAUCCUGCUUCAUUUUUAGAUAGUAUUUUCUUUAGAAGUUUGAAUUAUCAGUAUACAUACAGCAUGAAUGCUCUUCUACUGGUUCUUCCAAUUUGGUUGUGUUUUGACUGGUCUAUGGGCUGUGUGCCAGUCAUUGUAAGCUUCAACGACCCAAGACUGCUGACUCUCCCAGUUCUGUGGGUUUCAUUCAUUAUGUUGCUGAGGCGGGGAAUGACCCAAGGCAAAGGGAGUCAGACCUCUAGAUGUGUAUUAAUGGCUUUGGCUAUGGGAAUAGUGCCAUUUUUACCAGCUACCAAUGUCUUCUUUCGGGUGGGAUUUGUGAUAGCUGAGCGUGUAUUGUACCUUCCUGCCGCUGGGUUCUGUAUUCUUGUUGUGACGGGUAUGAGGGAGCUCGGCACAACUACCUUCAUCAAUAAGAGAGUGCUUCAGAUAGGGUACGUCUUCUUGGUGCUUGUGUUCAUGCUACGUUGCCAGCAAAGAAGUCAUGACUGGCUCACAGAGAAGCAGCUGUUUAGCUCUGGCCUUGAUGUGUGUCCUUUAAAUGCCAAGGUUCAUUACAACAUGGGUAAAGUUGCAGCCGACACAGGAGAUGUAGUAGAAGCUGUGAGACGUUACCGGGAAGCUCUACGAUUGAACCCAGACUAUGACCAAGCCAUGAACAACCUAGCCAAUAUUCUUAAGGAUCAGGGUCAUCUUGAUGAGGCAUUGCACUUGCUGCAGCAAGCCACUACCUUAAGACCAGAUUUUGCUGCAGCGUGGAUGAACUUGGGCAUUGUUCAGGCAUCACUGGGUGACCACACAUCUGCUGAAAAUAGUUACCUCACUGCUCUCACCCACAGAUCUGUGUAUCCGGACUGUCUGUACAAUUUAGGUAACCUUUAUUUAGAAAAAGGUGACCACAAUGGUGCUCUUGCUACCUGGACCAAUGCCACCUCCCUCAAGCCCUCCCUCGCCGUGGCUUGGACAAACAUGCUGAUCCUCCUGGACUCCCAAGGAUUGUAUCAACCUGCCAUUGAAGUUGCAGAUAAAGCAUUAAGACACCUUCCAAAUGAACCUGCACUUCACUUCAACUUAGCCAACACUCUUGGAAAGCUCAACCGUUACGAGGAAUCUGAAUCUCAUUUUCUUCAGGCCACAAAGCUUGACCCAAGCAAUGCCAACUACUGGGCUAAUCUUGGUGUCCUGUAUCACCGUUGGCGUAAGUAUGAACGGGCUGAGAAAUCCUAUGUACAUGCACUGAGGCUAAACCCGACCCUGAAGAGUGCACAAGAUAAUCUGAGCAUGCUUCUUAAAGCCACAGGAAGGAUAUCUAGAUAACACAAGAUGAAUGUAAGUGACAGGUGAACUAUAUGACCUACAAAAUUGUCUGGCAUCAGGAACAAGACAGAAUUGUUCAAUUAUCAUUUAGUCUACAAUCCUUUUAUACUGUUAUUGUAGUGAAACCCAUGCUGCAGCAAGAGAACAUGUGCUCUUGGUAGGUUAGUGCUGUAUUGAAGAGAAUUAUUGUUUUUCUUUUUCAGGAUUUUGAAUUUGCUCACAUAUUGUUGUUAAUUUGCUGAUUAAAGUUAUGGUAUAUGAUAACACAUACAAAUGGUAGAGUUAUGUAU